CGCAUCUCGGUGCGCAGAGUCGCAGCUUUUCUGACUCCCGAUCGGCCGCCUCGCCCCGGAAAAAAUGCGGGACCGGACGAAAGAAUUGGGAAAUAAUGCAGAGACUUCAGACGAGGACGAGGAGAGCAGAGCUCUGAUGAUCAAACCUGGAGCCUCUUCAGCCAAAGAGGAGAAGGACAAUGAAGCUUUCUUCAAAAAGGUGCAAGAAAUCCACGAGGGGCUGCAGAGCCUCAGGAGAAUGGUGUCUAACCUGGAGAACAAGCAGAAGACUGUGCUGGGCGUGGCGCUGCCGGAGGAGGGUAUGAAGAAAGAGCUCCAGACUCUUCGAGAGGAGAUUAAAACGCUGGCGACUAAAAUCCAGAGACAGCUGAAGAGUAUUGAACCGAAGAAGGGAGAGGAGGAUGGAAAAUAUGUGCCCAUAAACACUCGGAUGCAGCGGACUCAGCACGACGUGUUGUCGAAGGAGUUCGUGGAGCUGAUGGGUCACUGCAACACCAUCCAGGCUCAGUACCGAGACCGAAACGUGGAGAGGAUACAGAGGCAACUGAAAAUCACUGGGACCAACGUGACAGACCAAGAGCUGGACGCGAUGCUCGAGAGCGGCCAGACGGACGUUUUCACCCAAAAUAUCCUGAUCGACGCUCAAGCUACAAAACAGGCUCUGAACGAGAUCGAGUCCCGACACGACGAGAUCAUGAAGCUGGAGAGGAGCAUCAGAGACCUGCACGACAUGUUCCAGUACCUCGCCAUGGAGGUGGAGGCCCAGGGGGAGAUGGUGAACCGGAUCGAAAACAACAUCAAACAGUCUUCUGACUACGUGGAGAAAGCGAAGGAGAACACAGAGAAAGCGGUCACGUAUCAGCAAAGAGCGCGCAAGAAAAAGAUGUGGAUAGCGUUAUGUUUGGCGAUCCUCAUCUUCAUCUUAGUCCUCUCACUGGUCAUCACCUUCGGCACCUAACGGCGGGCGCAGUGAGUCGUUGCUGCAGACUGGACAGAAAAGAAGCACAUAAAAAGAUCAAAAAAUAUCCUUUCAUGUAAAUAAUUCAGCCCACAGGAUGUACGGGUGAAUUCAGUUGUAAUCCCUCUUUUAUCUUCUCCUCAUGUCACACUGUGGAAGCCUGUUUCUGCCGGCGGGGCGCGAAACAAAGACGCCGAGUCGUUUUAAAGAGAAACUUUUGGGGAAUAAUGAUUUAGUGUCUCAAAAAAAUGAGUUAGUUUGGCAAAAUAAUGAAAACUUUUUCAAAAUGACAUUGCAUCUCAAAAUAAGGACUAAAUAUGUAAAAAUAAUGAGUAUCUUAAAAUAAUGUGAAACUUUAUUUAAAAAAAUGAGUGACUUACUUUUGCAACAUAAUGAUAAACUUUCUCUAAAUAAAUAGCAUCGCUAAAUAACGGGAAACUAGAAUAUCAACAUGUUGAUAUACUAAGUCAUUUUGAAAGUUUAUUUUUAGAAAGUUUACCAUCAUUUUGAG